AUGUCUAACUGGAAGAACGAGUAUCUCUUAUCGCUCAAGGAUGUCGAGCUUCAGACCCCUGUGAAUAUGGAUUUAGUCCAGACAUGCUCGCAAAUGGCCGAUCGAAUAUCCGCAUUGGAAGCAGAGAAAGCUGCCUUGGAAUUGCAUGCCUCAAACGUAAAUGUUGGGAGGCCGGCAUUGGGAUCGAAAGCUGGAGACGCUCCAGCUACAGACGAUCCUGGCGUGGCUCAACUUCGAGUUGACCUUGCCGAAUCUCUCCGGUCCAAGGGAGUGGCGGAGACUCGGCUACGGACGGCAGAGGAGGAGCUGGCCAAACUGCGAAACAAGUUGAAGGAUGAUGCACGAUCCAUCAGAGACCUUACUGCUGAGAGGCUCGUGCUCACGACAAGGCUGAAGGAUCGCGAGCAUGAGAUACGAGAGAAACGAAAGCUACUCGAGCAGGUACAGGAUGAAAUGAUUACGUUGAAUCUUCAAAUGUCAGUGGCCGAAAAAGAAAGAGACAAGGUGAAGAAGGAAAAUAAAGAACUUGUUGACCGGUGGAUGAAGCGCAUGGCGCAAGAGGCUGAGGCAAUGAACCUUGCCAACGAACCGAUAUUUGACAAAUAG